AUGGAUGAGAACUCGUGGGAGACUCGAGCAGCAGUCAAGCGCGCCGCGACCUUAGACAAGAUCCCUUCAGAAUGGAGAUUAUCCUCAGAGGACCUCGAACAUGCUCACAGCCAACGCGACAUCACGGGAUCUUUUAUUGAGCGGUUCCUUGACGAAGAAACAGCUUCUAUCACAUCUCUAAAGACUGUUGAGAUUUUAAAUGCCGUGUCCGAACAAGAACUCACAACGAUGAAGGUCGUGAGGGCAUUCUGUCAACGAGCGGCUGUGGCUCAUCAGAUCAAUAAUUGUCUUCACGAAAUUUUCUUUGAUCAAGCCUUUGAGCGCGCCCAGUACCUGGAUGAAUACUUCACCAAACAUGGAAAGGCGCUAGGGCCACUUCAUGGUCUGCCUAUCAGUCUCAAAGACCAAUUCCACGUGAAAGGUGUCGAUACAACAAUGGGCUACGUCGGUUGGAUUGGCGGUAAUCUGGGUAUUGAUUCUGAUAAAACCUAUACGGUCGAAAGCCACAUCGUCACCGAGCUUCUUUCCCUUGGAGCAGUGCUAUACUGCAAGACAAGCCUCCCUCAAACCCUCCUCUUUGGCGAGACAAAGAACAACAUCAUCGGCCAGACAUUAAACCCGAUUAAUCAGAACUUGUCAUGUGGCGGCUCUUCAGGUGGUGAAGGAGCCCUCAUGGCAUUGGGCGGAAGCUCGGUUGGUGUUGGGACAGAUAUCGGUGGAUCGCUGAGGAUACCAGCUGGUUUUUGCGGAAUCUUUUCCAUAAAGCCAACGUCAAAUCGAUUAAGCUAUCGCGACGUUGCGAAUACGAACCCUGGACAAGAUACAUAUCGGUCUACAAUUGGGUUUAUGGGGACGUCGAUUGAUGCACUAGAAGUGGUAUUUAAGGCUAUUCUUGGGACGGAGCCUUGGAUGAAAGAUCCAGCUGUUAUACCAAUUCCGUUUCGAAAAGAUGUCAUGGAGUCGUAUCGGAGGCGAUCAGAUGAGAAAGGUAACGCGAAAUCUGGAGAGAGGCCACUAAAGAUGGGUGUCUUUUGGUGUGAUGGGAUGGUAGGACUACAUCCGCCUGUUCUUCGGGGGUUGACGGUAGUAGUCGAUGCGCUGAAGAAAGCUGGGCACAAGGGAGGAUUUCUCGGUGCAGACGGAGCGCACGACAUCCACCAGCACCUUAAUCGAUCCGGCGAGCCUCUAAUCCCAGAUUUACAAGAUGGCCUCAAUCUGGAAACCCCGACGGAGUUACUCAAGUAUCAGGAUCUUACAAUCCAAGGCCUUGAGUUCGAGCGGCAGUAUUCCGAUUACUGGAACUCAACCGCGGACUCAGAUGGUCAGAUUGUAGAUGCUGUUCUCAUGCCUGUAGCGCCUCACGCAGCUGUGAUACCUGGAAAGUUCUACCACGGAGCGUAUACUGAUGCGAUGAACUUGACCAAUUACACAGCCGUCGUUAUUCCCACGAUCAGAGCGGAUAAGAGGAUUGACGUUUUUGAUGAGGGGUAUGAACCGCUGGGUGAGAUUGAUAGGAAGAAUUGGCAAGCUUACGACGCAGAUUUAUAUGACGGGGCUCCAGUAGGUGUCCAAAUCGUAGGGCGAAAGUUCGAAGAGGAGAAAUGCCUAGCCAUAGCUCGAAUAGUCCAAGCCGUUGUCGAGAGCGCAAUCAAGACAGGUUAG